GUGUUCCCAGCUGGACUGGUACCUGUACUCAAGAGACAGGCGUUGAAACUGGACGAACUAGCACAUCGGCGCUGUUAUUUCGCAGAAUUAUUGAGGCUCAAAAUCAACACACGGAGAUAUCCCUGUUCCCCGGGACCCGAUCCCGCAUUCCUCGUCAGUCAACAAAGCACCUCAGACGGGCGCUGUUCACUGAAUACCACACAAGGGUCUGUUACUUCGCCCAAGUCACCCGGAACAUCAGCCAGUUCUGAUUUCACUGAGUCGAACAGCGUCGGAUGUGUGACGUCCAUAUUAACUAGGCUCCGAUUAGAUGGUGAAUUGUAUGCCGAAAGUUCAAGAACUCUGUUUGAAAACGGUCACUCUCGUACACCACCCAUCUGCUCCUCCGCCUUGCGAACGGCCAUGAUAUCAACAGUACAACUACUGUUGCAAUGUGCACAGCACUUCUCGCCUUCAAGUCACACUGAGGAUACUCACACUAGGAUGGCUGUCAGUUAUUUGUCCUCAAUG